AUGGGGGAUCUAGAACAAGGAAUACAACUAGCGACGGAGAAUGAAACUGGAACUGGUCACGUGGGUAGAUGGAGUGAAGGAUUUCAUGAUCCAUGGGUUCCUAAACACAGAACAGCUGAGAAAGCAAAGGUUGUUUCGUCCAAGACUAAACCGACUAGACCGGAUGAAUCAGUUGAGGUUUCCGGUAUAUGGCCUUCUUCGUUUAGCAAAGAGUACUGUUGCAUCUAUAGAGUGCCAAACCGGCUACGGAGAGUGAAUCCAGAGGCAUACACUCCUCAGAUGCUUCUCUUAGGUCCACUUCAACAUUCUAAGAAAGCUAAAGCCCUUGAGCUCUCCAAAAACGAUUUAAGAUAUUUGGACUAUAUGAACAUGGAGCUUCACAAAAAGAAGUACCUUAAUGCUAUUGCCAAUAAAUAUGGGGAGAAAAUUGUUGAUGAUUUGAGUUCAAUCAUAAAAACGAAUGAGAAAUUCAUAAGAGAAAGCUACGCCGAAUCAACGGAAUGGAUCAAAUCCCAAGAAUUCGUGGAAAUGAUCCUCCUCGACUCGGUGUUCAUACUAGCGUUCUUCAUUCAGACCGCCACUACUCGAAAAAUCAACAAGAAAGAAGAAAUCCUUGUCCAUGAAGAAGACAUUCUUUUCCAGAAGCCUUGUUUCAUUACCACUAUUUUGGAAGACUUAAUCUUGCUCGAGAACCAACUCCCUUAUGUCCUUUUAGAGGAACUCUCUGAACUUUUUAUCUUAAAUCUUAAAAUCAGGGAAACGUUCCGUGACAUUAUCCUUCGAGCUUUUAGGUUGGAAGGAGAGGUCAAAGAAGGAAUGAAUUUCCGACAUUUUACAGAUUUGUUUCGACGUAUCCGAGUGGAAACACUUUGUUUGACAAAAGAACAAAUGAGAAGCGUAGAGGCUAAGAGCAUAAAGAGUCUGCACAACGCAGACAAACUAGACAGUGCUGGAGUAGAUUUUGCGCAUCUUGAUAAGAAAAACGAGUUAUCGUUGGUGAUUACUUUCGAACGUGGGAUCUUGAAGAUACCUUGUUUCUUAGCGGACGACAACACCGAGAGGGUUAUGAGGAACUUAAUGGCGCUGGAGCAAUGCCAUUACCCUCUCACUGCUUAUGUUUGUAACUACAUUGCCUUUUUGGAUUUUCUCAUUGAUACCGAUCAAGACGUUGACUUGCUCGUAAAGAAAGGAGUUAUAAAGAAUUGGUUAGGACAUCAAGCGUCAGUGGCGGAAAUGGUGAACAAACUAUGUUUAGGGCUAGUGGAUUUUGGAUCUCACUAUUACGAAAUAGCCGAAAGACUCAACCAACACUACGAGAGCCGUCUCAACAGAUCCAUUGCCACGCUCCGGCGAGUUUACUUUAAAGAUCUUUGGACCGGAACUGCCACCGUUGCUGCCGUCGUUAUCCUUGUGUUGACUCUGAUUGGGACUGUGGCUUCCGUUCUCCAAGUUGUGCAGAAGUAAUACUUCUCCGGCUCCGCCCCAAGGAACAUAGAUGGUUUCUUGUUUAUACUACACGAAACAAAACAAUAUAUAUUUGUUCUUUUUCUCCCACACAAAACUU